AUGGUUCUGAGAAGCUUUUGUCUUAUGGGUUGUACAUACCCAUGUAAUGAAGCUGUUCGAGUAAAGGAUGCAUCAGGACAUUGGAAAACGUUUUACGUGCGCGAUAAGUUAGAUACUGGUGGAUUUAGCCGAAUAGAUCUCGUUUUUGACAAAGUGUCUAAAAAACCAUUCGCUUUAAAACGUAUCCCAUGCCAUUCAAAGGAUGAUGAAACUAGGGCUUUAAAAGAAGCUAAUUUCCAACUGAAUCUCCCUGGUCAUCCCAACUUGCUUUCCUGUAUCGCGAGUGGCCUACAACAUGUCUCUAGACGUAAACAAGGAGCUAUAUCAGAAGUUCUUUUGGUGUUAUCUUAUAGCAAGCGAGGUACAUUGCAACGUGAAAUUGACCAUAGAUCUGCACGUAAUGUCAUGUUCCCCCUGUACCUUAUAAAGACCAUGAUGAUUGGUAUUUGCGAUGGCCUUAUUGCUCUUCUUUCUCUUGAUAUUCCAAUGUCUCAUCGAGAUAUAAAGCCUGGGAAUGUUCUUUUGUUUGAAGAAAUGAGACCAGUUUUAAUGGAUUUUGGCUCUGCUACUCCGUCCAUUCUUCCUAUUGAGAGCAUUAGAGAUGCAGAAAAAUGGAAGGAGUUUGCUGAGGAAAACUGUUCACUAACUUAUCGGGCUCCAGAGUUGUUUAAUCCAAUAACUCAUGAAACAAUAACCGAGAAAGCUGAUGUUUGGUCCUUAGGAUGUCUGUUUUAUGCCUUGAUUUUUUUCAAAUCCCCAAUGGAUUUCGUUCAUGCUCGGGGUGAUAGCGUUGCUCUUGCUGCUUGUUCAGCUAAUAUAUAUUUCCCAAAAGACUCGUGUUCAAAAGUUCCACCAGAAUUGAUAAACUUAAUGAAAGCAAUGCUAUCCGCUAAUCCUCAAGAUCGUCCCUCACUUACUCAAAUUGUGGAGUCCUUCAAAAACAUACCGGAAGAAAUUAUGUAUUGUAACAAUCAAAGUGCGAUAACUUAUUCGUUGUAA